UGCAGAUCGGUACUGCUGAACAGCUGACCACACUUGCUCAGUUGAUCUGAAUUCCAUGCAUGAAUGGUCACGACCCAUCUAGUUUCAAGCAUAGAAAAAUCAACGCGCACAACAUGGAAUCAUUCCAAAUGUUUUCACCUAUAUAAGCGCAGGAACUCGAGCUACCACACAUAUAUCUCUCUUCAGUCUUCACCAGUUGAUUAAUUACUACGACGCCGCAUCAAAAGCUCCAGCAAUGGCGGCAUCUCCUCCGGGCGCCAUCGUGAUCAACAUGGCAUCGAACACCAACGGCGAGUCCACGGCGGUGACGACCAAUAACUUAGCUCCGUCGACGCCUAAGGCCGUCGAUGAGUCCACGACGUCGUCGAAAACAGAUGUGGCCACGAAGACGGUGACCGACAAGGUGAUGGCAAGCACGGCGAACCUGGCGCAGCUGCUGCCGACGGGGACGGUGCUGGCUUACCAGGCGCUGUCGCCGUCCUUCACCAACCACGGCGAGUGCAACGCCGCCAACAAGUGGCUCACCGCCGUGCUGGUCGGCGUCCUGGCCGGCCUCUCCCUCUUCUUCUCCUUCACGGACAGCGUCGUCGGCCAAGACGGCAAGCUCUACUACGGCGUGGCGACACGGCGGGGAUUGAACGUGUUCAACAUGUCCCGGGAAGAGGAGGAAGCGAAGAAAUUGAGUCACAGUGAGCUAAGACUACGGCCGCUGGACUUCGUGCACUCCUUCUUCACGGCGAUGGUGUUCCUCACCGUUGCGUUCAGUGAUGUCGGGCUGCAGAACUGCUUCUUCGGGCAGAAUCCUGGCGGCAACACCAAGGAGCUCCUCAAGAACCUGCCUCUUGGCAUGGCGUUCUUGUCGAGCUUCGUCUUCUUGAUCUUCCCGACCAAGAGGAAGGGCAUCGGAUACAACGACAAUACACCCAACCGCAAGGCCGAGGAUGUAACUAAAAAUUAAAUUAAAGCUCUUAUAUACGUAGCUAGGUCACACGUACAUGUCUCUCAAAAAUUUCUUGUUAGAAUAUAUAUAUAAUGUAAUUAACAAGUAUUUGAUUGGAGAUCAGUUAAUUAAAUUAUGUCUUGUAUUAAUUAAUUAGUUUCUUCUAUACGCAAAAGCUAAACUGGAAUUGUUAUUAAUAGUUGGGCUUAUCGAUUAUAUUGAUA